AUGGCCCCUUCAAAGACAUCCUCCUCGACCGUCACUGCUGCUUCCACUGGCAAAGAACAGCCCGCAGUUCUCAAGCACAACGCUCGGGGCGUGGACAGCAAGACCGACAAUGGCGAGCAGACUCUACGAGAUCCCACAGAGGAGAAGAAGUAUCGCGACUUCUUCUGGACGUACACAGAGGAGCCGCACAGGACGAGGCGUCUGGCGAUCAUCAAGGCACACCCCGAAGUCACGAAACUCUGCGGCCCGGAACCCUUGACGAAAUACGUCGUCACGGCCGUGGUGGCUCUCCAGAUCUUCUGUGCAUAUCUUCUGCGCAACAAGCCCUUCUUCUCUCUGCCCUUCUGGGCCCUCGCCUACGUCGUCGGCGCGACCGCAAACCAGAACCUCUUCCUAGCCAUCCACGAGAUCUCGCACAACCUGGCCUUCCGCUCGCCCACCGCGAACCGCCUGUUCGCCAUCGCCGCCAACCUGCCCAUCGGCAUCCCCUACAGCGCAUCCUUCCGACCGUACCACCUGACGCACCACAAGUCCUUGGGGGUCGACGGGCUGGACACGGAUCUGCCCACUGCGCUCGAGGCCGUGUUCCUCGACUCGAUCCUGGGCAAGGCCUUUUUCUGCACGUUCCAGAUCCUCUUCUACGCCGUGCGGCCCAUGUGCGUGUACGCGGUGCCGUUCACGUGGGUGUCGGCGACCAACGUGCUGGUGCAGGCCGCGUUCGACUACGCCGUCCUGCAAACGCUGGGGGCGCAGUCGCUGCUGUACCUGCUGCUGUCGUCGUUCCUGGCGGGGUCGCUGCACCCGCUGGCGGGCCACUUCAUCGCGGAGCACUACGUGUACACGACGGUGGCGCCGGCAGCGUCGGACCCGGGCAACAAGAUCCCGAUCCCGGAGACGUACAGCUACUACGGCAUCGGCAACCUGUUCACGUACAACGUGGGGCUGCACAACGAGCACCACGACUUCCCCGCGGUACCCUGGACGCGGCUCCCCAAGCUGUACGAGAUCGCCCGCGAGUUCUACGAGGACCUGCCCCAGCACCGCAGCUGGAGCUACGUGCUGUGGCAGUUCAUCUUUGACGAGAACGUCGGCAUCCGGUGCCGCGUCAAGAGGAAGGAGGGCGGCCGCCUGGUCGGCGUCAACGGGACCAAGAAGACCGAGGAUUGGAAGGAGACUGAGAUUGAGGCUUAA